CAUCCUUCGGGUUCCCGAUUCCCGCCUGUCUGUCUCGCCAGUACCCAGCACUAACGUGGGGGUGGGUGAAGAGUGGUUGGCUGAAUAUCCAUCAUGCACUCCUGCGUUCUGCCGGGGGAAAGAGGCUGCACUGUUUGCAUUUCCUGCCCAUCAUCUCCCCAGACUAAGUCCUCCGCCAUUGCGGCCCUGCUCCCCGGGCCCGCUGCAGAGUUGACAUCUCAAGAAGCCCAGACUCAAACAGCAGGCCGGCCAGUCGCCAAUGGGCAGCUGGAAGUCGAGGCCACAUCGUGGCCCUUCCUGAGCAUGGCUAACCGCAAUCGUCUUGCCCCCGUUCCACGGUACAGUCACGGCAAAGUCGCGGGCAGGCACGGGUAGCCAGGACUACAGUCCCUGCUCGCCACCGGGCUGCUGAUGGGGCUGCAAACCGCGAAGCCGAGACCAGGAAAGGCAAUGGUCAUGUCCACUCCUCCCAGCUGAGCCUCCUGUCACUUGACGAGAGUCGUGAGAUAUGAUAGCUCCCUCCCGGGCCCUGGCCGGAC